AUGGUCCCAACUAACUCGUCUGCCAGGCCGCAGAAGAUGCAACAGCCCGAAGAUAGGGAUGUGCGGGUGGGAGACUAUCUCGACGAUAAGCUCCAGACACUUGCCGAUCUUGAGUCUGUUGACUCCUUGCUGGCUGGUGUCCGUGACCGACACGAGCUCCUCCAGAAGCAGCUCGAAGAUGCCCGUCUGGACCUUCAGACGGCAAAGGGCUCGUACAGCGAGUAUGCAUCAUCGUCUCAGCGUGCUGCUCGAGAAUUCGCAAAGAAGCAGCAAGACAUUGACCGUCGACUGAAAAUCAUCGCGCAAUCAGACACAAGCGACGAUGCUGUUGGGAAAUUUGAAUCUAGCAUGGACAAGCUGCGCCGGCUAGACAUUGCGAGCGGGUAUAUGGAGCUAUUGCAGGAGGUGGAGAAGAUCAACUCCGAAGGCCGCACUCGCCUACAGACAUCACCUGAAGCAGCCAUGGAACAAUAUAGGCAGCUCCGUAAACUCACGGCAAGCCUCGCGCCUUUAGCGGAUGCAGCAGAGGGAGCGGCACCGCAUCUUUUGGAUCACAUAUCAAAGACAACCGAGAACCUCCAUAGGCAAAUCAAGGACGCGUUCUCUGCAGAACUAGAGCAGCUCCUAAAGAAGAUAUACUGGCCUAGAGCAGACGCCACUAUACCGCCAAACCUGCAGCAAGAUUGGGAAAAGAGCACUGGUAAGCUCCUGGACCUGCAGAAGCCCGAGUUAGAGGCCCUGGAAAGCGCGGCAACGACGAAAGAUAAGAACAAAGCGCCAGCCGUGCUGCUCCCCCUCGAAGUCCUGGUGCAACCACUUGAGAUGAGGUUCCGCUUCCACUUCGAGGGCGACCGGCCUACAAACCGCCUCGACAAGCCUGAAUACUUCCUCUCGUAUGUUGCGGAUCUCCUAAGCCAGUAUAACGACUUCAUGGUCGACAACUUGCAGCCUAUACUGCUGCGUCACUUCCGGGGCUCAGAUCUGGGCAUGAACCCUGCAUACAUCGACGCAACAUCUGCGCUCAUCACAGCACUCCUACCAAUGCUCCGUGCCAAGGUUUUCUCCAUGCUCCCUCAGGUCGCAAGCCAGCCGCAGCUCCUGAGCCACCUGAUCCAAGAGAUCAUGAGUUUCGACACCGCCAUCCGAGAUGAAUGGCGCUACAGCGGCGGCUCCGGCGUGGAAGGCUGGAAAGGCAUCGCCUGGGAAGUGCUAGUCCAGAAAGACUGGUUCGGGCGCUGGCUGCAAGUAGAGAAGGAGUUUGCCCUCUCGCGCUACCAGAGCAUCAUCGACGACCCUUCGGCCGGUGAGCUGGACUAUGACAGCGUGGACCCGGAUGCUACGAAGCCGAGCAAAGCGGCGAUACGGGUCAACGACUUGCUCGAAACUAUCACGGAUAGAUAUAGACCGCUGUCGUCCUUUUCGCAGAAACUUCGCUUCUUGAUCGAUAUCCAGAUAUCGAUUUUUGACAGGUUCCACGAGCGGCUGCACUCGGGGCUUGAGGCUUAUCUCACCUUGACCUCUUCGAUUGGCCGGAGGGUCCAGGGCAUCAGUCAAGAAGAACAGGCUUCUCUUCAGGGUGUUGCUGGUUUGGAUCGACUGUGUAGAGUAUACGGCAGCGCGGAGUAUCUUGAAAAGGCCAUGCGGGACUGGAGCGACGACAUCUUCUUCCUCGACCUCUGGACCGAGCUCCAACAGCGCGUCUCCCGCCCCCCCUCCACCACCACCCCCACAACCCGCACCUCCACCCCCAUCGCGGGCGCCCUCUCCCUCUCCGACAUCGCCACCAGCACCUCUCCCGCCGUCGGCACUACCACAAACGGCGCGCUCUUCGACGAAACCGCAGCCGCCUACUCGCGCCUCCGCAUCCGCUCCGAAGCCAUCAUCACCGACACUUUAAUCUACGACCUGCGCGCCGCGCUGCGAGGGUACCAGCGGGCAAAUCCGAGGGGCAGCAUCAGCGCCACUACUGCGGCCGUGAGCAGCACGUCCGCGGAACUCGACCCGGCGCUGUCGUAUCUGGCCGCGUCGCUGCAUUUCCUCUCGCACGCCCUGGCGCGCGCGCCGCUGCUGCGGAUCACGCGGGCCCUGUGUCGCGCGCUCGAUGAGGCGCUCUGGGACGGCGUGCUGAUGCGGCAUCGGUUCAGCGCGGCGGGCGCGGCGCAGCUGGCUGCUGAUUUCGCGGCGCUGUGCGCUGCCAUCGACAAUGUCUGCGGGACCGGGGUUGCGGAAAGAGGGAUGAGGCGGAUGGGGGAGGCGGUAGGGUUAGUAGGGCUGAGGGCUAGUAGGGGGCAGGCGGGGGGGAUGCAAGACGGGGAGGAGGAGGAGGGAGAGGAGGCCGGGGAGAGGGAGAGGAGGCUGGGGCUCUGGGAGGUGGAGAGACGGCUGUUUGCGAACAAUGAGAGUGCGAGGGAGGUGUUGGAGGAGUUUGGGGUGGAGAGGUUAUCGGAGGCGGAGGCGAGGCAUGUGUUGGAGAGGAGAGUGGAGUUGGGGAGUUAG